AUGACAGCUAGUCUCUCGAUCCCACUGGAGGAAAUUCCAGUCCGCCUUCGAUGUUCCAUGUGCAACAAUCUUGCACAGGAUGCUUAUCGGCUCCCAUGCUGCGAACAGUCAAUAUGUGGUAGCUGUCAAUCGAAACUUCCUACCGUUUGCAAAAUCUGCGAUCAUUCCCCGUUAGACGCAGCUGAGUGCAAGGUUUAUGCCUCUCUUCGGACUACUGUUACGAUAUUUCUGCGAACCGCAGAAAAGAAGUAUGGGUCAUUGGCAAAGGCGAAGAAGGAAGCUACACCUACUCCACAAACUCCCGUCGAGAAGCCUGCAGAUCAAGCUGCAACCGCUGUAGCGCCGGAAACUACGAGGGAAGUUUCGUUGCCCGCUCAGGCGGACCAGGAAACCCCAACAGGGGGGUCUGAAGAUAAGGAAACACCAAAGCUGGAAGAGAAGAACAGCACAUCUGCCCCUGAAAACGGGCAAGACGAAGCUGAGGGCGCAGCAAGCAAUCAGAAUACGCAAGGAACUAGCGAUGGGACAAAUAGUCAGAAUCAAGGAGGGCAGUUCUGGAACAACCAACAGGGAAUGAACCAGUAUCCAGACCAAAGCGGUCAGUAUCAGGGGUACAACAUGGGAUGGAACGGAUAUGACCAAUCCUCUGGCUAUGGGAUGCAAGGCGGAUGGGGGGGUAACAACAUGCCGAAUAUGAUGGACCAAUCAGGUACCAUGAACUCUUUUAAUGGAAUGCAGUCCUUCCCAGAUGGCUUCAACGGGAUGGGAAACAUGAAUAUGGGGUAUGGAUACGGUCAAGGUAGCUAUGGGAACUCUGGGAUGGGAAUGCAAGGACAAGGCAAUUGGGGAAACGGUUGGAAUAUGCAGAAUGGAUUAGAUGGAUCGAGCUUCAAUUCUUCUGGCAUGAACGCUGGUUUCUAUCCCGGUGCAGGUGGAUAUAAUCACCAGUCUUCUUAUGGAAAUCAUCAAUCCCAACAAAAUCAGAUGAUGCCUCAUCAACAAUUCCAGUCUCGUGGCUACCACCACAAUCAAUACCGUAAUUACUCGAACCAGAACAUGCGUGGGAACUAUGGGCAGCAACAGCAGUUUGGAGGACCGCCGCGAGGCAACAACAGGAACUACGAGCAACAGGCUUCUGGUAAUGAUGUCCCCGGUGCCUCCCACGGUAUUAAUGGGGAUGUCCCAGAACAAAAUGCCGUCGCCGUCGAUGGAGAGCCCCCGCAAACCAACUCGAGAGCUAGAGGUGAUACUGAGAAGGUGUUGGUUGGUGAAGUAUCUGACGAACAAGACAGGAAUAAGGAUUUCCAAGAAAGCAUUAGUAGUGAGACCAAUGGUGCUACAAAUGCUAUCUCAUUGAUUGAUAUCAGGGGUGAUUCUCAAGCCACAGAGUCCACUGAUUCACCAGGUACUGUAGUUAAGGAAAAUCCAUAUCAAACUCCCGCUGGAGAUGUAGAACCGCAGCCACAGGCUCCCGUAAACGCUCCCACCGGACCAAGGGCUAUGAGGGAGCGCAGCGAGAGAGGUAGAGGUAGAGGCCGCGGCGGUUUCUAUGGGGGCAGAGGCGGUUUCCAUCAGGCCCAAAUCGCAGGAAGUGACGAUACCUCCGCUAAUCAUCUGCGAACUGGAUCCAUAACUUCAUCCGGCAAGAAUGGCGCCGCCAUCGGCCCCGAAAGUGACUACGAUGAUGCAUCUAGACGACAAUCCAAAGUCGACGACGCACAAUUUUCGCCCGUAGAGUCGCGGAGAGAGCAAGAAUCGCAUGAUCGAGACAGAAAACGCAGUCGUUCUCGGUCUAAGUCUCGGACCAGGAGGCACCGACACCAUAGAAGCCGAUCUCGCAAGAGGAGCUCCAGCCCACGUCAGAGCAGAGUUACGUCUAGGGACCGAACUCGCUCUCGUUCAAAGGACCGCAAACGUCAUCGCGACGGAGAUAGAGACAAAGAUAGGGAUAGGGAGAAGGACAAACGAGAAAAGGAGUCUAGUCGAUCCCACCGCAGUCACAAGAGUUCAUCACAUAGGCACCGACGGGAUCGUUCCAGAAGUCGAAGUAGGGACAGAAAAGAUGCUAAAGAAAGGGAUGAAGCUACAGGAGACGUUGACGCAAAGGACACGGAGAAAAUAUCUGAAGUGGAUUCGAAAUCUAGACAUAGAGACAGGGAUCACGAUGAUCGACGGAAAGACAAGGACGGGAAUAGAGAUGACAGGAAGAGGGAUAGCGACAAGAAAUCCCGCAAACGUUCUCGAAGCCGGCACAGAAGUCAUGGGCAUCACAAACGAAGUCGUGGAGACGACGAGGAAAGAAGCGACAGGCAUGGCGACGACCCUGACCGGAAAUCCAAGAGUUCCCGAUCUUCCAGAAGACAUUCAACCAGAUACGAGGACGAGGAAACUGCGGCUGAGCGGGAGAGACGAGUAGAGAGGGAACGUGAGGAGGAACGAUGGGGCAAGCGUUGA